GGCCACUUUUCGAGCAGGCUAUCCCGGAUGCAUCUGCGUUCCUUCUUUAAUGGUAUCAAUGUAAUCACAUACUUAAACUUCUCGUUCUGUGUCCUUCUUGGAAUACACAAUGCUUCAGUUAUUCAAUGCAACAUCAUUCUACUAUUUUGUGCUUGUAUAGACUUCUUUCUUGUUGGAAACCAUCAAUAACACAGUUAUCGAUACCCAUUUACCAUAAAGUUUCAUUCAAGUACAGCUUCGUAGAAGACUAGCCACAUUUGAGUUUUUGGAAGACAUACGCUGUUGUAAGUUUGCUGCUGGCGCUGACUGGCGCCUUUUGAAGCUAUUAAAAAAUUUCAUCUUAGAGAUUAGACCCUAGCGGAAGAGAUACAUCCCUCGCAGCGACGAUUUUACUGAUAAGAUACUCUAUAUAUUACUCCUUGCUGAGGCUCCGUCACACUCAGAAUGCCAGCUUUGCGUGGCAGAAGACAAAAGUUUUCUUCUCAGGAGGAUAUGUACCUUUCUAAUUUCAGAGAAUGGCGAAAUGAAGAAGUUUCAGAAUCAUGGGCUCAGUUUCUUGCCAGGUACGAGAAGAAAUUCUGGAUCGAUCCCCAUAGUUCGGCGUCACUAUUUCGAAGGGCCGAAAAGCUUUCUGGUCAUCGUCAUCAGACUCUUUCUCGAGUUGAAGAAAUGAUGCAUCAUAUGCUUAAAAUACGCAAAUCGAGUCUUUUGUGGACAUGGGGAAGAAUUGGCCAGGCAUUUGGUACCAACGCUGGGACAGCUUCUGUGGCAUAUAAGAGUUUUCUGGGGAGAAACGGGAUAGAUGAAGACGAGAAUGAAUCUCAUCGUAUAAUGUGGACUGAGUCAGAUAGGAGGAGACUCAGCAGGGCACGUCAUCUCGGUUACUCAUGGGAACGUAUAUCUAGGCAAUUUGGUUACGAGGAGUAUAUCUGUAUGUCAGCACAUUACAUACACUCUUACGGAGAAGGCAGGUCGGGGAGCUUGAAUCCCUCUUUUCAUCCUAAGUAUUUCUUUUCAUUCAUUGGAAGGAGCAGGGGGUAUCACAUCCAAAAGUCGACGGAUGCACUGGAAGUCAAAGAUGAGGGUAGAGAUUGCCAAUGGGUGAAGGGUCUCAUUACAGAAACUGAAAGGGAACAAUCACCAUCUGGGUCUGACACCAAAAAUGUUAAAGCCUCGGGAAGCGGUAGCUCACAGUCAUACUUCACUAAUUCAAAGUACAUGAAGAGCCAUUCCAUACUAAAAUUGGAACACAAUUCUGGAAUGAUCGGCCGUAUACCAACAAAGCACUCACUUGGUGGGAGCAGGGUCACAGCAGCACCGAGAUCUCAGGCUGGAAGCCGUCCUUGUACUCCCUUAAGAAUAACAGCGCCAAUUUCUAGAGAGAGAGUUACAAAACGAGAUUCAAUGGAUGUGCGGCGAGCCCAAAUUUUCUACAAACACUUGAUUCUCGGCUAUCUGAAGCCCACCACCGAAAUGAGCUCGGUGUCAACGGUCUCGUCAAGAUCGACACGCAGAUGGCCAGCCACUGUUUUCCGACCAGUCUCAAAAAUCGAAGAAGUUACAAACCCACCUGUAAUCAUGAAGAACUGGAUGAAGCAUAUGUCAGAGUGAAGGAAGAGGUGGAAAAUGAUGAAAGAAAUGAGAACAUGACAUAUUGCAUGACUAGUGAAGGAAGAUGACUCAAUUUCAUCUCUGUAAUAUUGGAUGAUACAACUUUAAGAUGUAUCGUUAGAGAAAUUGGUACUAUUGUUAAAUUUGUUAUGUUAUUGACAUGCCUAUGAAGAGAGAGGCGUGACACUUCUGGGACAGCAUGAUUAGUCAAGCAUGUAUUAUCCUCAGGUUCUAGGCUUUAUUGACAGACGGGAGUAUUUGUCAGAGGAAAAUGAUCCAUUUGCUUAAGUCA